GGUUAGUGUAAUCAACACCUAAUAUAAAUAAGUAUUGAUGAUCCGUUAUCAACUAAUGAUUAGUCAUUAAUAAUGGGUCAACAGUCAUGAGUCAUGAGUCAUCAAUCAAGCGUUGAAGUACAGCUUAGAACCAACACAGCCAUCUCUUCACUUCACUACUCAUCACAUCACUUAUCAGUUAUCACUUCACGUUUCUUCGCCGGUGUAUUUAAAAAUCUCACUUACCCAUCAUUUUAUUCUCCUAGCUAGUCUUCUACUAUUUGUUGGCCCAUCCCUUUUUCAAUUUAAAGUUAUCUACAAAAUCAUGGUGAAUACUGCAAGAUGGAUCGUAUACUCAAUGCUGCUUAUACUUGUAAUGAUUGAAUAUGGAAGAUGCAACACCGGAAGCAUGACUAAGUAUGAUCAUAGGAAUGUCAAGCUAAGAUACAGACAUGAUCCAUAUAGGAGAUUCUUACUCUCCAAUGGCCUUGGCAUGACUCCUCCCAUGGGAUGGAACAGUUGGAAUCAUUUUGGCUGCAGUAUCACAGAAAAGAUUGUCAAAGAAACCGCUGAUGCAUUGGUUUCAACUGGUCUUUCGAAGUUGGGUUAUAAAUAUGUGAACAUUGAUGAUUGCUGGGCAGAGUUAACUCGCGAUGAAAAGGGUAAUUUAGUUCCUAGAAAAGAUACUUUUCCUUCAGGAAUCAAAGCGCUUACAGAUUAUGUACAUAGCAAAGGCCUAUUGGUGGGAAUUUACGGAGAUGCAGGGUACUACACUUGCAGCAAAACAAUGCCAGGAUCCCUUGGACACGAACAGCAGGAUGCAACCACAUUCGCCUCUUGGGGCAUCGAUUACUUGAAGUAUGAUAACUGCAACAAUGAUGGCUCGAAACCUACUUUUAGAUACCCUGUGAUGGAGCGAGCACUGAUGAAAGCUAGUCGCCCUAUUUUCUUUUCUUUGUGUGAAUGGGGAGAUAUGCAUCCUGCUCUCUGGGGCUAUCAGGUGGGCAACAGCUGGAGAACUACCAACGACAUAUCUGAUAAUUGGGAAAGCAUGGUGUCUAGAGCUGACAUGAAUGAGGUUUACGCUGAUUAUGCACGGCCUGGUGGCUGGAACGAUCCAGACAUGCUUGAGGUGGGAAACGGAGGAAUGUCGAAAAAUGAAUACAUAGUCCACUUUAGCAUCUGGGCAAUUUCAAAGGCACCAAUGCUUAUAGGGAAUGAUGUUAGAAAUAUGACAAAGGAAACAAUGGAAAUCAUUGGUAAUGAAGAAGUCAUAGCUGUGAAUCAAGAUCCUCUAGGUAUUCAAGGGAAAAAAGUUCGGAUGGAGGGUGAUUUGGAGGUAUGGUCAGGGCCCCUUACCAACUACAGAGUAGUGGUACUUCUAGUGAAUAGAGGUCCAAUUCGCACAUCUAUAACAGCUCGCUGGGACGAUAUUGGCAUACCGGUUGACAGUGUUGUUGAAGCUAGGGAUCUUUGGGAGCACAAAACACUGAAGCAGAAGUUUGUGCAGAACCUGACAGCAACCAUAGACUUUCAUGCAAGCAAGAUGUAUGUAUUGAAACCUAUUGCUUGACCUUGCAACGCUCCAUUUUCAGAUAAUCUUGAGUCAAAUGAGAAAAUCCUGCAUCAACAAAUAACAAUUUGUUUCAAAGCAUUGUUCCCCUCUCAAGGAGAAGAAAAGCAUUGGAAUAUAUACUUUUUAAAAUUAUGCUCCUAUUUAUGAUAAUCUGCAUGGCAAAUGUUAGAAAUUUUCAAUAAUCAAGUUGAUAUUUUGUAUGUCGUUUAGCGUAUUAAGCGAGUAUACAAUGAGACGUUAAUUUAGUUUAUAUUGAGUAACAUUUAUUUUUUACUAGACAUCAAUAAACGUCUCUUGACUGUUAUUUGAUACU